AUGCGCUCUGCUCCUAUCAUCAGCGCCUUUGUCGCGCUCGCCAAGGCCCAAGACCUUGUCUGGCAGGUCAUUGACGAUGCUCCCGAGCCGCCUCACACCACCGUCCCCGUUGGUGCUACCCCGACCAUCGUUCCUUACGAUGCCAACGCUGCUGCCGCCAGUGUCGUCGCCGAGGUCAAGGCUCCCGAGGGACAGUACUGCUCCUUGUACUCCAAGUCCUGGGACAACAGCUAUGCCGUCAACAACGGCCAAUGGCGCGGCAGUGACCACUACACCAUCUCUUACAGCUUCUCCUACACCAACGCCACGGAUGCCGGCAAGCCCAGAAUCCCCUGCGCCGUCGCCAGUGCCAGCUCUGCCAUUGUCACCUCCAGCCUUCAGCCUUACUGCUCUUCUCUCCUCGGCUACACGACCCCGGUCACCACCGCCACAGAGACUGACUUCACUACCAUCCCUGCCACCACGGUCGUCUCGACUGUCACUCCCUUGACCACUUCUUACAGCACCACCACCCAGCUGGUUGCCGUCACCAAGCAGCUCAAGCGUGACCUGCCUCCCCGUCCCACCACUACUUGCCUCCACGAUGAUCCCACUCCCCUCGACCACUCCAUCAAGGUCAGACGUGGUCUCUGGGCCCGCGAUGAGCCUCUCGUCAACGGUACCAAGGAUGAUGACGGAAACUUCGUCGAUGUUGUUGCCCUUCCCGAUGUCACUCCUUCCAACACCACCACUCUUAGAAAGGCUCGCCGCGAUGGUACCCCCGCUGGUCUUUCCGGAUUCUCUGCCGAUGUCGUCUCUUCUGCUUGCUCUCUGCUCGCCACCCCCGUAACCAGCACCAUGACCGCCUCCGCUACCACUGUCCAGACUAUCACCAGCGGCGCGGCUUUGAGCACCACCACUGCAGCCACCAGCACCGUCAUCGUCGUCCAGACUGUCACUUCUACUACCACCAUCAACGUCGCCGCCAGCGCUCCUACUGGUACCAUCGGCUACCUCAGCCUCAACCCCAUCGUCAACCCCAACUCCCAGUACGCCCUGUCCGACGAUGCCACCCACAUGACCGACAACUGGUACAAGCAGGGUAGCCGUGAGACUUUCAUUGUGGCCGCAGACGGCAGCCUCUACUCUGUCACUCACAACGCCUACUACUACAUCGACACCUCGUCCACUUACAGCUUGCUCUACUGGUCCAACAACAAGAGCAGCGCCAUGAAGAUCUUCUCCUACACCACACUCGCCAACGGCAACUCCCAGGUCUUCAUGAACUCCAAUGGCAAGGCCUACCAGUUCUGCAUCCGCCAGGCGAGCAAGGUUGGCGAUGGCAACACCGGCUCUGGCCAGCACAUCUACGCCUUCUCCACCGCGACUGCACCUCUCAGCUACUGCACUAUCAUUGAUUUGAUCAUUAUCCCUGCAUAA